AUGAUCGCACGACGCCCGCCGCGCUGCCACUCGCUCAUCGCUCGCUACGCCAGGGCCGCCCGUCCGCAAUUGACCCCCCGCCCUGCACCAUGGACUCGUGCGUGCUCCUGCUCAGCUCCACGGCCCUCGCCGCCCGCGCAGACAUUAAACCCGACGACCGAUGAUCCGCCAAAGCCGCCAGCCGACCACCGUGAGCUGGGCGCCCAACAAGACCUCUUCACCACUUCGCUAUACUCGCCCGGCUCGCCUCUCUUCCUUCCCAAUGGCGCCGACAUGUUCAACAAGCUUGCCAAUUUCCUGCGCACCCAGUAUCCGCUCUUCGGCUUCCGUGAGGUCAUCACCCCAACUAUAUACAAGAAGUCGCUGUGGCAGAAAUCCGGCCACUGGGAGAACUAUGCCGAUGACAUGUUCUCUGUGCAAGGCCGCGGCGCAACCGGUCAGAAGGAAGCCGCCGAGGCCGGCGAGGACGAGGAAUUCGGCCUGAAGCCCAUGAACUGCCCGGGCCACUGCCUGCUGUUCGCCAGCGAGAAGCGUAGCUACCGCGAUCUGCCUAUCCGCUACGCUGACUUCAGCGCCCUGCACCGCAACGAGGGCUCUGGCUCCUUGAGCGGGCUCACGCGGGUACGCCGCUUCCACCAGGACGACGGCCACAUCUUCUGCCGGCCGUCGCAGAUCCAAGGCGAGAUCAAGCGCACCUUGGAUUUCGUGGGCAUGGUCUACAACACCUUUGGGCUCGGCCCGUACAAGCUGGUGCUCUCGACGAGGCCGGAGGACCACUACAUCGGCAACGUCGAGGAGUGGGACCGCGCCGAGAGCCAGCUGAAGGCGGCGCUGGACGACAGCGGACGGGAGUGGGCCACCAAUCCGGGUGACGGUGCCUUCUACGGGCCCAAGAUCGACAUCAUCCUGCGCGAUAGCGACGGCAAGGAGCACCAGACGGCCACCAUCCAGCUGGACUUCCAGCUACCGCAGCGCUUCAACCUGUCCUACAACGCACCCGCGCCGGAGCUCGAACGCACCGGUUCGGUGUCCGCCGACACGGCACCCGAGCUGCUCUCCCGGACGGGCCCCGUCACGCCCGUCAUCAUCCACCGCGCCAUCCUCGGCUCGCUCGAGCGCUUCCUCGCCCUCCUGAUCGAGCACUACGAAGGCAAAUAUCCGUUCUGGCUCGCGCCGCGGCCCGCCAUCAUCCUCAGUCUGUCGCAGGACCCGGCGUUGCUUGCCAACGUGCAGCAGCUGGCGCGAGAACUCGCCCGCCCCCAGCAGGAGCAGGGGCAGGGGCAGGGACAGCAACGAGACGAGCGGACGGAUGCGAUGCUGCCGGCACCGCUGGGCCGCCCCCCGGUCCAGGUCGACGUCGACACGAGCCCGCGUGGGCUCGGCAAGAAGCUGCGCGAGGCGCGCGAGCGCGGUUACAACCACAUCCUCGUCGUCGGCCCCCAGGAGAUGGAGGAGGGCAAGGUGCAGAUGCAGGUGUGGAACCAACCGAACCUUGGCGCGGCGGAGAAGGUGUUGCGUAUGGCCAUAGACCCCCCCGUCGAGGAGGGGGGUGAUUUCCCCUCUUUGUCCAAGGGGAAAGGUGUAGCGCUUGAGACACGACACGUGAGGAAAUACUUUGAGGGAAUGAUGGAUAGCUACUUGUAA